AUGGAACCUUGGCCAUUUCUCAAAUCACGCGUCCUUAAAACUAGCCACCAAAAGCUUCGGCUCUGCGAAAUCCGUGGUUAUGGACGAUGCUUGGAAGCGCAAGUGGCAUGUGCGCUCGGCCAAACACUGGCCGAGGAGAAGCCUUUGGUUUUAGGAUCCUCUGAUGGAACGUGGUUGGCAAAGGCCUGUCGUGCUGGUGAAGAGGAGCUCGACGCGAUGGAUGAUCUCGUAGCAGGUUGCCUUUGGCUACACGUGAACUCGGCCUCAGAGACGAGGCAGCUUGCGAAGGAAUUGAGCAGGGAUUCGAACUUGGUGCACGAUGCGCUUGACGAUAAACUUUUGCAAUGUCUCUCCAGCGACUUGACAGAAUCGUUAGGACCAGCUGCAGGCACGCUUCUGGCCCAAUGGCGGGCGUGCUGUGAUGUCAAUGCGGAAACAUGGGUCGAAAUGUUGGAUCUGCCAGCUUCUACCAAUGCCUCGACGUGUCAAGUUCGCUUCUUGUUCGGCUUGUUUGCAGCUUUGGCAAUGGUGGAGCACAGUUGCAGGCCAAAUGCGCGAGUGGAAUGGGACUCGACCAGUCAGACCAUGAAGCUUGUAGCCGUUGCGGACAUUGCAGCUGGGCAGCGUGUUUCACGAUCCUACCUCGAUGCCGGCUUGUUGAUGUCACCAAGAUCUUUGCGCGAAGCGACGCUGCGGAAUGAUUGGGGGUUCCAAUGCGCGUGCGUUCGUUGCGAAAGCAAGCUCCAGGAGCCAACCUGGGCAGAAAUCGCGAUGCCCUUUUUGACUGAUGAGCACACUGAUUCCAUGGGCUCUCGGGGGCACCUAAGUUUGCAGAAGUGUGCUGAACCCACUGGAUUGAAACUUGAUCCUGCUGCGAUCGAAGUCAUCAGAAGCGCAGGUACGGCAUGUGCGUCCCUUGGAGUUCCAGCCGUUGGAACUCUUCACUUUCUUCAGGAUGUAGUUUCUGUCGCCAAAGGAAGGGGCUUGACGAGCAUCACGCUAUGCCUUCCUGGUCUUUGUCAGGAAGAUUCGUUAAGCGCAGUGAAGCGACAUCGUGCACAGUGA